CAUCUGUGGUGGUGGGGGGAGAGUUUUUUUUAAAAAAAAAGAAUUAUGAAUGACCUCACUGACCAGUUUAUUUAAUUUAUAUACCACCCUAAACCCACAGGUCUCAAGGCAGUUCACAAGUUGCAGGUCUUGGCGAAAAGUGAAGGUAGAACUUCGAGGAUAAUUAAGUAAUAUUCCACCCGGCCAAUUUGGAUGCCAAUAAAGGUUGCCACAGACAUUUCUGAGAUCAUGGUCUUUCCAACAAGUGGCUUCUGUCCAGGUUUGCUAAUUGUCUUACUUUAAAUGUUGUGAGGAUCCUAUGCCCUUUUAAAAUGUGUUUUUUUGGGGGGUGGGGGGUUAUUGGGUUGUUGUUUUUAUUUUGAUUAAGUAUUUUGUGGUUUUAUAUUUUGAUUUUAUUCUGUGAACCGCCCUGAGACCUCUGGGUAUAGGAUGGUAUAUAAAUUCAAUAAUAAUAAUAAUAAUAAUAAUAAUAAUAAUAAUAAUAAAGGGGGUGGUGGUUCACAGCCAAAUUGCAGCAGUCAGUGGGUAGAUGUUGACUUCAGGGAAACUAGACAUGUUUUCUAAGUCGGUAUAUGGGUAUGACCAAGGCUAUUUUUCUAGAAAAAGAGGUGCCAGAAACCAUGAACACCUCCCUCGACAAUGGCACCCUACUGAGAGGUGCUUAGAACUUGAGUUCAGUCGAGUUCUGGAUGAAAAAAAAAGCCCUGGCUAUAGAGACUCCUUUGACCGCUCAGUUGCAAAUGACAAUGUUGACAAAGUAGGUUGUCUUGUGCCACCCAUGUUCCCGGUGCUUUAUAGAGUAACAUCAGGAAAAGGCAGGCCUCUGCCACAAAGAGAUGACAAUGAACUUUAGAAAUUGAAGCGGCGAGAGAUAACGAAGUCUAGAUGUGAUCAGGGAAGAGUAACGGGAUAUAUAUGCAAAGGGAAAGGUGGUUACAUAUCGCCAUUAAGCUGGUGAAUUUCUUCACUCCGCACAUCAUGCCUUGAAGAUCAAUCAGGGUACACAAUAGAGUGACGAUUCAGCAAUCACUUGCCCACCCAGAAGGCUCCAGUGUGAAUCUCCCCUUGAAAGGUCAAAAGGGGAAAGAUCCUUUCGAGACAUGUGUGUACCGGAGACCAAGUAAACUUUCACAUAGACAAAAAUAAUUGAUCCAGCAUCAUACAAAGCACUGCCAAGUAUUAUGAGUCUUCUCCAGUGGCAUGCUUGCAUUGAUGUCAACAGCGCUACAUUCCUUCCCUUGGAAUCUCGACCCUUUAAAAAAGAAAUAACAACUUUCCUGCAAUUUUUAAAAAAGCUUUUUGGAGCCCCUUUGGCACUUCACAUUUCACAUGAGCUGCUCAAGAGGGUGAAAAGCAGUUCAAAGAGAAGAGCAUACUCUGCCUUUUGAGAUGUGCUCAGUUGACAGGUAUCAUUUAAAGGUUGACACUGGGUGCAUUAAGCAAAGUCCACAGUGCAUGAACCUUCGGCCUGUGCCAAAAGGGUUUACCACUCUCUUUGACUUCACAAGGGCUCUGUAUUCUUGCAGGGCUCAGAUAGCGGCAGAUGACAACAUAGCAUUAUAGCCAAGAACUUUUAGAGCACUCCGAACAUUAGUCUGAAAUGUCUUUGCUUUGUUUCCUUUACAAGAGUGCGCAAGUGCCUCCAGGUUAAGCAUCUAAACCAUGUUCAAGUUUCCCAAACAUGUUAGGAAUGAGCGAAUUGUGAUGAAUGACUUGAAUAAGAGGGGCACUUCUCUCCCCCCAGUGAAUUGUGUGGCAAUAGUGAGGAUAUGGCUGGGGAGUGCAGGUGUGUGGAUAGUUUGGGGAGAAGUGUGUGAGAAAAAAAAGGAAGGAAACAGUAUAUUUUGUUCUGCCAGAAGCGCCACUUUACAGAACUCUCUCUUUUUGUCCUAUAGCUAGGCAUGGGGGAGAAAUUUGAGUACAGUUGUACCUUGGAAGUCGAACAUAAUCCGUUCUGGAAGUCCAUUUGAAGAAGAAGAAGAAGAGAAGAGUUUGGAUUUGAUAUCCCAUUUUAUCACUACCCGAAGGAGUCUCAAAGUGGCUAACAUUCUCCUUUCCCUUCCUCCCCCACAACAAACACUCUGUGAGGUGAGUGGGGCUGAGAGACUUCAGAGAAGUGUGACUGGCCCAAGGUCACCCAGCAGCUGCAUGUGGAGGAGCAGGGAAUCGAACCCGGUUCACCAGAUUGCGAAUCCACUGCUCUUAACCACUACACCACACUGGCUCUUCAGUGUGACUUCCGAAACGUUUUGAUUUCCAAAGCGUGGCUUGUGAUUGGCUGCAGAAAGCUCCUGCAGCUAAUCGGAAGUCCCUCCGGAUGUCCGGGUUCCGAAAGAACGUUCAAAAACCGGAACACUCACUUCUGGUUUUUGAUCGUUCGGGAGCCGGAACGUUCAACUUGCAAGGCAUUCAGGAGCCGAGGUACAACUGUAUUUGUUUAUUUCAUAAAAUUCAUACACAACUUGUUAAAACAAAAACUCAAAGCAGUUCAGUUCACACUGAGAGUGAACACUAUGCCAAUUCACAUUUUCCAGAACAAUAGGAGCACCAAGGCAAAGCAGUUCUCCAGCCAAGAAUAUGUACGAAAAUGCAAAUAAAGUGCUCAUAAAUUUGCUGACCCUCUGUGGUGGAUGCCGUUGUGGGCGCCCGUCACAAUUUUGGUGGCAGAAGCCCCGCCUCUUCGGCCACUUCCUGGGCAGCAAAGGAUGUGCUAGGACUAAGCUUGCCGCUUGGCGAGUGGAUUCAGCCCGCUCACACAAUUGGCCAAUCACGACCAGGCUUGGGAGCGGGCCACUCCCAGGGGAUUAAAAGAGGACCAGCUUCCUCCAGGAAUACUUGAAGCUGCGUCACCUUUUUGAGUGCCGCGCCCCCCAAAUUUAUUGUAAAUAAAAUCCAUGUGUUAGGCGAAAUUGCGUGCAAAUAUUGGGGAAACCGUGCAAGAAAAUGCAUAUUAAUAUCCAUGAGAACUUGGGGGGGGGGGAAUGCAAACUGAUAUCAAAAUCAGAUUGCCUGGAAAAAUGAACUAAGAGAAACUGAAAGCGAGAGAUUUUCCCAUUUCUAGAUUGUAUUGUAUACAACAAACUGCAAUGAAUUAUAAGCUGGAAACAAAGUAACUCUGGUAGAGGCAGCAGAAAAAUCUCUGGAAUUUGGAUGCCCAAUGCCUUUAUACACUGGGAUGUCUUUUAAAAACUCGGGCAAUUGUUCUGAAAUGUUGCAUACAUCAUCGUCCACCACCACCACUUCCCAAUGAUUUGUUGUAUGCGUAGGAGCUCCCAAGCUCCCUUUCUUGGACUGGCCACCUAUUUGUUUCAAUGAAGAGAAGUCGCAGUGCAUGAACAUCCCUCUGCAUGCACAGAGCAGCUCCUUCAAUUGAAAUUAAUGGGCAAUGUCAUGGAAGGCUUAAAGGAGACAUCAGUCAAGAAGCAAGAGUUUCCCAGUACGUUUCCAAGCACAAUUAAAAGUGUUGAUGCUGACUUUUAAAGCCCUGAACAGCCUCGGCCCAGUAUCUCCACCCCCAUCGUUCAGCCCAGACUCUGAGGUCCAGCUACGAGGGCCUUCUGGCGGUUCCCUCCCUGCGAGAAGUGAGGUUACAGGGAACCAGGCAAAGGGCCUUCUCGGUAGUGGCGCCCGCCCUGUGGAAUGCCCUCCCAUCAGAUGUCAAGGAAAUAAACAACUAUCUGACUUUUAGCAGACAUUUGAAGACAGCCCUGUUUAGGGAAGUUUUUAACGUUUGGUGUUUAACUGUAUUUUUACUGUAUUUUGUUGUAAGCCACCCAGAGUGGCUGGGGAAACCCAGCCAGAUGGGCGGGGUAUAAAUAAAUAAAUUGUUGUUAUUGUUUCAUUGUCGCUCUUAAACGAGAACAGACCAGCAACAUGGCUCCACCGCAUACUACGGAGUGACUAAGCUGCAGGAGGACACGAUCCAUGCAGACAUCCCUGCACAAAAGCAAGAGAUUUGUAGGCAGAUCUCAGCACACCUAGGGCGCCUAAAUCAGGGAACCCGUGCGUGCGAACCUGACACUAAGGCAGCGUUGCGGUGACGUUUCCCAACUCUAUUCAAACAGCUUCUCAGAAUAAGUACCAUGCGCACAUAUGCAAACAAUCACCACUUUGGUUUAAUUUACAUCCAUCCUCAAAUUAUAUAAAGCCUGGCUCGAAUCCGACGAAACCCACUGGGAGCUUUAUUAUUUUUAUUUUUCGCUCAUUUCAGUGGAUUCUGGACAGGGCCCUCACUGGAGCAAGCCAAAAACAGGAAACGCAAAGGUCAAGCUGCUUUUGAAUUUUAUAGAGAGAACUUAAGAUUCCAGCAAACUUUCGGGAGAAAAUCUAGUAGCAGAGGAAGAAACAUGGCAACAGCAUGCCAAUCAUUUUGGAGACACGAUUAGGAUAGCAGGGGCAGCCUUGACAGUUGUAGGGCAAUGAUGAAGCCUUAGCAAUGUAUCAAUGGACUACUGAUGUCAGUGCUCUUCGAACGCAGCCACAGCCACAUGGAAGUCCUCUGCCCGUGGUGUGAUCCCACACAGCUGGAGACUGUGUAUGACUUGCACAAGCAUAUAGGUGGGGUCUAACACACUGGCUUUUCCCACGGUCGAGCCACACAGCCAGAAAGAAGUGAGUGGCACAGAUUUCAUCGGGGUGGACUAUUUUAGAACAUAGCUGCAGGCCUCCACACCACAAACUCCCUCCCUAAAAAGCUAUCAUGUCCAGCUUCAAGCUUCAAGGCUUCCUUUCCCCCAGAUGUGGUCAUAUCCUCAGGGAAGCAAGGGUUCCUUUUGACCCAGUACAAAGACACGUUUGAGUAGGACAGGGGAUAAAUUUGUUUCAGUUCACAUUUAAAAGCAAACUUGCUUUACUCACAUUUUCAAACGUUAUGACAGCCAUCCUUUGAAAUGCACACUUCUGUGAAUUUUGCAGCGCAGCACUCGAGGCAAGUAAUAUGUGCAAAAAUGCAUUUGCUAGAGUAAAGCGUGUGUAUGUGUGUGUGUGUGUGUGUGUGUGUGAUAAUUAGGGAAAUUGAUUUGCAAAAAAAGAAGACAAAAUUGCACACAAGUGUUCAGAAUGAAUCCACUGUCAGGGAGCCAGGUGGAAUCUACAGUGGUACCUUGGGUUAAGAACUUAAUUCGUUCUGGAGGUCCGUUCUUAACCUGAAAUUGUUCUUAACCUAAAGCACCACUUUAGCUAAUGGGGCCUCCUGCUGCCACUGCGCCACGGGAGCACGAUUUCUGUUCUCAUCCUGAAGCAAAGUUCUUAACCCGAGGUAAUAUUUCUGGGUUAGCGGAGUCUGUAACCUGAAGCAUAUGUAACCUGAAGUGUAUGUAACCCGAGGUACCACUGUACACACAGAUAAAAACCAUUCUGAAAUUGAUUUCUAUAAAAAAGUGUUUUUAAAAAUACAUUGAAUUUUCCUUAUGGUUCACUUAGUGUCACAUUGUAUAUUGCACUUAAAACACAUUUAAAAUGUUUUAUUUGCAGCUGCAUAGCCGAGUCCAAGGAGACCAGGUCAUUCGCAGAUCAGAGAAAGACCGGGAAACACCGACUAACUUACAGAUAAAAGGGACCCCUGACCAUUAGGUCCAGUCGUGACCGACUCUGGGGUUGCGCGCUCAUCUCGCUUUAUUGGCCGAGGGAGCCGGCGUACAGCCAGUCAUGUGGCCAGCAGGUUGGCAGGAGCAGGGACUGAGCAACGGGAGCUUACCCCGUCAUGGGGAUUUGAACCGCUGACCUUCUGAUCGGCAAGUCCUAGGCUCUGUGGUUUAACCCACAGGGCCACCCGCGUCCCAACUUACAGAUGGCUUCAUUAUUAAGGGAGCAGAACAGAGAAUAUAUGGGAAACUUCCAAGUGUUGCUCCUGUCUAGAUAAAGCAGUUGCCCAGACUGGCUUGUAACCCACCUUUCCCUCUCUAGCCCUCUGUUUGUCAGGCCCUUCCCUCUGUCUACAGUGAGCCCAAAGAGCCCCUCUCUAUUUUUGCCUAGCUCUCUGCUUGGUAACAUGCACUAGUUGCCAUGUUCAGCAGUGGCCUGCAAAUACCAUUGCCAAGUCUGAGUCCUGUGGACUGGGGCACCUGCCUGUUUCCUCUUCUUCAUCUUCCUCUAAGCUCUCAGCCUCCAGCAUGUCCCAGCUCUUCCCCUCCUCUGGGGUGUGGCCGGUUUCCCACCACCAGGAGCCAGGAUCCAAAUUCUCUCCCUCUGUGCUUUCCCUGGGGGCCUCUUGGUCAGGAGACUGCUACUGCUCCUCCUCACCCACCCAGUCCCUAACAUCCACAUGUGCAGAACUGAACCUGAGAUUGGUAAAAUCAAGAAACAAAACCGACAGAUUCACUCAUCUCUCAUUCCAAGCAGUGUUAUAAGAAAAACUGUUCCCUUUCCCUUAUGGGGUAUUCUGGAGCCUGUAUAGAGUCCUUAAGUGGGUUCCCUAUCAGUAGGAGAAAAUAACAGAGGCCAACCAGAGAAUAUUGAGAAGCAAAGCGAUUCGUAAGCCUGAUCUUUAUUAAACUGUUGCAACAGGGUCCCCACAACAAUGAGAACUGUUGCAACAGGAGAAACCCACAACAAUGGUGUGCAAGCCCUUAUAUAGACUUCUGAAAUUGCCCGCCGUGUAGCCCAAGACCCCCCCAAAUAUCAUACAUACAUCACAGAAGGAGGCAGUCUACAGCAGAAAUCGUGCCUGCCAGGAUACCUGAUAAUGGUCACUGGUUGCAUUACCUGGGCAGCCUGGCCAUUCUUUUGUGAUGAUUAAGCCACUCUCAACCUAAGGGGGGGGUUGCGGGCUCACGCCUCCGUCUACAAUCUCACGGGGCUGGCGGCAGCCCCGCGGGAGUCAGGGAUUCCCCACUCUCAUCCAUAUUCAUCACCCCCGGGCCAGCCAAUCAGCUGCCGGAGGGGCGGGUUUACCUAGGUGCUCUUAAGGUCGGGGCAGCCCUGGCUCACCCCUUUUCCUUCUCUACAGCAGCAGCGGUUUCCCACCCACCCUCCCUCUAGGCCGCUUCUGGACUUUGCUAUGGGCUUCAGCUGGUCGCCGCAAGGGGCCUGGUAGGAGUUUUUCCAUUUGGCUAAUUGGCUGUGAUUUGAAGCCACUUGGUUUUUUUGCCUAUCUCGUAGCAAAACGUCACAACUCCCGGGUAUUGGCGGUUAGGCAUUGGCAGGGGUAUUGUUAUGCAAAUGAGGUCGGGGGGGAGGAACGCCAUCACCUCCCCCACUUCUUGAAGGGUAGUUCGUUAAAGGACUCCGGGGGCGUCGCCUCGUCCGAAACCUACGGAGGCUAGGGCCUAAAGCGCGCUCCAGAGCGGUAACCCCUUGGGGAGCGCCUAGGGAUGUGCACCUCGGGGGCUCCCCCUGUUGGUGCUUAACCCUUCCCGGUUAGACCGGUAGUAUGUUAGGGCCAAUGCCUAAAGCCAAUACCUCUCUUACCUGUAAUCAAUAAAUUUGUGGCCAUUUACGCCCAUUAACCUUAAUUCUGGUGUCCGGUGUCUUUAUUUACUACAUCUGUGGGAGGGGGCGGGAAUUGCCACGCAAAUACUUUCGUUCCUGAAUCCAGGUCACAGGCUCACCCUGUUCAUACACAAAUAUGCCCCUAAGACAGGAUUUGCAAGCGAAAAGACAAUGGGAAGGCUUUCCCCAUUUGCCUCCCUUACUGCAGAGGAAUAUUUGAGGUCAUUCGGAGAGUCAAAAUGGCGUCAGGAUUGCUCUCCUGUACUAUUUCAGACACAUGGUUCAUAUAUUUAGAUACGUGCGCAUUUAUGAAUAUUUAUUCUAAAUUUGAGACCUUAAAAUUUUUAUAACAGCAAACUGUGUUCUUGUUUGCUUGUUUCAAAUUAAAAUUGAACACUCAGGAGAAUCUACUAGGAGCACCACAGGCCUCACUACCCAGUGAGGCUAAUACCAUGCAUGGAUUCCCAGAUGGUUUCACCUGUAGUCUAUGCUGUUGCUGAAGAAGGGCUUGUAUACGUUCAGUUUCCAGUUGCGUCUUGAGGCCCCAAGACCCACCCCCCAAAAAUACACAGGGACCCUUAUAUUAGUUUAAGUUUUGGGGCAAAUUUUGGCCACAACUUUAUUGAAAUAGAAUCAUGUGAGUGGUAUUGGCUUAGGCAUUGACUCCCCACUAUAACUGACUCCACCUCUCAGGGUGAUCGUCCAAUGGGGUAAACCAAACGAGGGAGCAAGGUCAAUGAGGAACAACCUAAGCUCACCCCGGGGUUCCUGUGGUCCUGGCAUGGCCCUAGCCCCUCAAGCAGACUUCAGACGAGAUCCAGGACCCCCAGAUUCCUGGAGGGGCAGGUGAUGGCCGCACCUCCCCUCCCCACAAUCCAACUGAGCCAAUGCCUAACCGCCACCUCACAAGUUGUGACAAGUUGCUAAGGGGUAGGCGAAUACCAAAUGGCUUAGUGCCAAUCUGCUAAAUGGAAAAAAAAUCCCUACCCAGCCCCUGUUCCAAAACAGGCGACCCAAACCAAAGCAAGGCCAAGCGACUCUAUCUAAACUAGGGAGGGUGGGCGGGUGUUCAGCAGAUGCGAAGCAAGUGCCCCACUUGCAUCACACUGCCGUUUUUAAAGCCCCUGGGAUCACGCCACCUACUGGCUAUUGGCUAAAACCCCUUGGCGUGAUCCCAGGGGAAUGGCCAGGACUUCCUGCUCCUACCCCCCCCCCCCAUUUUAACCCUGUCAAGUGAGCUCUUGGGUCCCGAGUGCAACCAGGACCCUCUGUUAUGAGGAUCCCAUAUGUUGCAGGAUUCCAACUCUUCUCCCUGGCCACUGGCCAUCCUGACUGGGGCUAAUGUGAGGUGCAUUCUAGCAGCAGCAACAACAACAACAACAACAACAACAACAACAACAAGUUCUCCAGCACCGUGUUAGAGCCACAAGUGAAUUUACAGGCGAAGACACUAGAUAUAGCCUGAAAAUACUGUACUCUUCUCAAUAAAACAGGAGAAGGCAAAACAUAUUUUUCACUCUCCCACAAGCUUUUAAAUGAUAGAUUUAUCUGUCUGCUCUGGUCUUCCUCCAAGCAGGACAGAGAUGUAACAUACAACAAAUCAGUGCCAGAAAACAUUUCCUUGGCUGCACCUGAGGUGCCCAGAGCUAAUUUACACUGGAGGUGAAGGAGAUAUUAAAUCUUCUGCAAAGUAGCAGACAUUUUUCCAGCAACGCAAGCCUGUUCUCAAUUUUCCCGGAGCCUUGCGAAUCCUCUUCAGCCAGGAGACUCAAAACUCAAGGUUAGCAUUUCUUCCUUGUUUCAUGUCUAACCUUGGGAAAUUAACUCAGAUCCUCCUGACCGCCCCAUCCCCAUUGCCCCCAGUUUUAAUGGAGAUCUGUAAAUUGAGGAGCUUGGUUUUUAAACAUCCCUGAGUUCCUUUAGAAGCCUUCCCAUUGCUCAAGCGAGUAGAAGGCUUUGGGGGUUCCUAAGCCUGCCAAAUAGCCCCUUAUAUGAUUUGAGGAACACCGCUCCAUUAAAGUAAAAUAAAAAUAAAAAGAUCUCCAGCUGCACAAUAGCCUAACCUUCUAAAAAUUACGAUCUGGCAACCAUUAUUCUGGUCCUUCCCUCCCUCCCACCCACCCCCACCCCCAACUGAUUUAAGUGUGUUGACUAUUCUAGGCUUUUCAUGCUGAGUUAAAAGAAUAGAAAAAUCUCAUAGCAGUUCUUAAACCGCCCCCCCCCCGCCUCUUCCUUCCAUUUGAAUGUGGAAAGAUGCCAAUAGCUGAUUGCCUAUAAAGCAAAGAUACCACCUGGGGUUUCUGCAGUCCGGUUAUCUGCUGUGUUGUGUGAGCAGCUGAACAUCCCAAGACAGUGCUAUGGUUAACCAGAAACUAUUGUAUUACUUUACAACAUUCCGUAACAGGCUCCAGGUCAAAAGCUAGCCCUGUAAUCUUAACAAUAACUUAUCAUAGGCUGUCUUCCUCUCUCGACUUGCAAUUGAGUCCAGCACAGAUCUAUGUCUGAUGGAUCUAUAUGAUGGUGCUGCACCCAAUAUUGCCAGAAUGGGGCAUUUGGCCAGAAACUAUUAUUGCCAGAGAAAGGCUGUAAAACACAACACUAUACUUGGUAUCUUCAUGAGUCCCAGCUGCCCCUCUUUACCACGUGCAGACUCUAUAUUCAGGGCCAAAGCUGGUUUGCAAUGUUAAAACAAUUGGUCAGAAUAGUAUACCCUCCAACAUUUCUCUGAUGAAAUUAAGGAUGUUCAAUGCUAUUAUUAUUAUUAUUAUUAUUAUUAUUAUUAUUAUUAUUUGUCAGGGGUUCAGGGACAGAGGCACAGGGUAGGCAGGAGAUGGAGAGCGAUGGGGAUGAAUCCCAGGACAGCGAGGAAGAGGAUGACAAUGACUCAAGAGAUUCCAUGAGUCUUUCCAGCGAAUCAGAGGAUUCCCAGAAGGGGGGCGCCGGUGGUCAAGGCCAGGGGAGCCCCAGGGGGGACGUGUCAGGAGCAGGGGGCCAGCGGGGGAUCCCAAAGUGGCAGCUGGGCGUCAGGACCAGCCUCCUCCCCGCCAGAGUGCAGCGAAGGGGGUGGAGGUUUCAGUGUAUCAGGGGAAGCGGCUCCGGCAGCAGAGAAGGGAGGGAGGUCGGAGCAAGCCACCCUCCCGGAAGGGGAGGGGAGUAGUGAAGGGAGUAGUGUAGCUGUUAAAAGGAAGGUUAGAGGUUGGGCGCGCGCCAAGUUCAAAUGUAGAGGCGCGCGGAAAUACAGGGAGCCCGGAGGAGGGGCCAGGUCCCAAAGCCCGCAGGAGGGGGCAAGAGCAGUCUGGGGAUUCCGCGUCAGAGGAAUCCAGGAGGGGCGAAACCCCAGCGGGCAGAAAGACCCUGCGGAAAAGGAAAGAAAGAAAGAGGUGGAGCAGCGCAAGCCUCUUAAACUGGUGCAGGGGAGGGACGGAUUCAGAGGGGACUUCAGCGGUCUAAGAGUAGCAGACGUAGGGCUGCGCGCCUCGGAUGUGAAGCAAACAAUGAACUGCAAUAAACACUUUUGUAUAUAAGAAGAGAUAGGCGUUGGUCUUUUGUGAGCUGAGACUUGAGGCAGCCCUGACAUUAUUAUUACCACACCCAUCUGCCUGGGUUGCCCCAGCCACUCUGGGCAGCUUCCAACAUAUAUAAAUAAUAAUAAUAAUAAUAAUAAAACAUUAAAAACCUUCCCUAUACAGCAUGGGUAGACAAACUAAGGCCCGGGGGCUGGAUCCGGCCCAAUUGCCUUCUAAAUCCAGCCCGUGGAUGGUCCAGUGAUCAGCAUGUUUUUACAUGAGUAGAAUGUGUGCUUUUAUUUAAAAUGCAUCUCUGGGUUAUUUGUGGGGCCUGCCUGGUGUUUUUACAUGAAUAUAAUGUGUGCUUUUAUUUAAAAUGCAUCUCCGGGUUAUUUGUGGGGUAUAGGAAUUCGUUCAUUUUUUCCCCUUCUAAAUAUAGUCCGGCCCCCACAAGGUCUGAGGGACAGUUGACUGGCCCCCUGCUGAAAAAGUUUGUUGACCCCUGCUAAACAGGACUGCCUUCAGGUGUCUUCUAAAGGUUGUAUAGUUAUUUAUCUCCUUGGCUUGGGGGUCGCAUAACUCCAUACCCUCCAACAUUUCUCUGAUGAAAAUAGGGGCAUCCUAAGAAAAAGUGGGACAUUCCAGGAUCAAAUCAGAAACCGGGACGGCAUCUGUAAAUCUGGGGAUAUUCCUGGAAAAUAGGGACACUUGGAGGGUCUGGAAUAGAUAAUUAAAUGGUAAAAGCUAGAGAGCAUUAAAACAGGCCAAACAGAGGCUAGUAGGAAUUGGUGGCAUCAUGGAGAUAGAUGGGGAUGUCAUGGAGACAGACAGCAGGGACAACCUGGUCAUCUCCUGGAGGGCUAUUUGGCAAUUCUCUGCAUUCCACAUGAGCUUUUCUCAGCCUGAACCCCACCAAAUAAGCUAUGCAGAAGAAGGAGCAACUUGCUUUAGCAUGUUGAACACCUACUUUGGGACAGCAAAGGAUACAGGCGUGCCCCCAAGCUACGACCCUGGUCUUUCAGAGGAAGCCCUAUCAAGACCAGGCAAUCUCCCACCCAUCCAAUCUAGGGAACCACCCACUAGCAGUGCCUCAUCUGGAUUUGUGGGAUGUAAAACACAGAGCAGUCAAGUACAACAUCCCUAGAGUGGACAUAAAAAGGGGAUGUCUGGAACAACCAGUCGGAACUUCCUGUUUCCUCCUAGGCUGGGACAGACUUCCUCUACAUGUGACCAGAGGUGAGCAUGACCUCACCUAUGUAGGUAAUAAAACACCUCAGCGGAGGCCACCAUCCCUCUCUCUCUGACCACAUUCAUCGAAGAAGCAACAUCUGCUUAGUCUGAGAUGCUCUCAAAGGAGCUAUCUCCUUAUGGGAUAGUUUCCAGGUGUAUAUUACUUUUGUAACUCAAGCCUGCCUUCUGGGAUCCAUUUGUGAACAGAAUGUGUAAGUAAACUCUUUUAAUACUUUUAUAGAAGACUGUGUCAUGCCUAUCUUUCUAUGAGGGACUAAAGGAGAAAUUACCAAGGAAACUUAUUGUAGAGGCUUUAGCGAGCCUGAGCAAACGCAUCCACUGUGCAAGUUUAAAAAGGGGAAUGUUACUCUGCUAAAUUGUAGAACUUGUUAACACAAGUUGGAAAGGAUAUAGUCAAACAAUAUAUCCUCUCCUGCAUCCCUGAACAUUUCCACAGGAUUGAGUUUGUUUGUUGCCUCUCAUCCAGUCCAUUACUGAGGCAAGACACUGGUCCAGCACUUCCACUGCCUCACCUGCAGAUGCAAAGGAGAAAUAGAGCCGAGCGUCAUCAGCAUCCUGCGGACAACAUACUCCAAAACUCUGGAUAACCCCACCCAGCGGUUUCAUGUAGAUGUUCAGCAGCCACCUGCAACUCCAGGAAUAACUCAGUAACCAGACCUUUUAAUAUUCCUUCUUUUCCCGCCUCCCCCCUCUCCUUCAGUACUCUCAACGCUGGUUUUGUUUUGCCAGAUUAUCACCAAUCAGGGUGACAAAGUCCCAGCACACUCUGUAACUUGAAUUAUACCAACUAAAAGCCAGGCUAGGAGUUCUCCUUGCAAUUUAUAGACUGGAGCAUUUGGCUCAACUUACAAAACACUUUAAAAAGUGGAAUUAAAUUUUAAUGGUGAAAUAUGUAAUCACUAUACUGUUUUAUUAUGCAUGAGUAGGAAAAAAAGAAAAAGAAAAAACACACCAACGCUUUCAAUUUAAAUAAUAUCCAGCUUUUAAACACUAUUAAUGAACCUAGCGCACUCCAAAUUAGAAUUAUGUACCCAAGUUUUCUAAAUGUUUGGCUUAUCCUAACAGUUUAUCACCAGGGUCGCUUCUGCUAAUGAGAACGGAUAAUUGGGAAUUGAUUGCUCUGGCAAAUAAAUGCCUUGGUGUGUUUAAUUUCUUAAACUGACACACAGCAGGGGAAAUCUAUGAUGCACUGCUCUAUUCUUGUUGACAAGAAAUUUAUGGGAAAUUUUGUUCAAGGUCGACGCUAGCUUCCUUCUCCUAUCCUGAGUUCACACAUCACAGAAGAAUGUCACAUGACUGACCCUAGAAACACGUUCACAGAGAGAAGUGAACCAUCCUCUCCACAGGUAAAAUGGCAGGAUGACAUGCACAUGCAGUAGUAGCUUUAAAGAUGUGCCGCUGUAAUACCAAAUAUUGCUACUAGGAACACCAUAACGAUAUACAGUGGUACCUCAGUUUUAGAACGCAAAUGCUUCCAUUUUCGAACACACCUUGUAAGUCGAACAGCUUCCGCUGAGCAUGUAUUUCUCAAUUUGGUUUUUCAAAUGUUUCAGAACUCGAAUGGUCUUCCAAAACAGAUUACUUUCGAAAACCAAGGUACCACUGUAUCUGGAAAGCUUUUGCAUGAAUUUCUGCAUGAAUGCAUCCUCACCAGGGAUGCCCUGUUCUCAUUUCACAGAGAGCUGUAAUGUAACAUUUGAACCAGCCUUGUGCAAUUUCUACUAAUGACUGAAGUACUGUACUAUAUGUUGACAAUGGGAGAGGCAACUCCAAAAAAACCCCACACCCUUUAAUAUCUCUCCACCCCCAUCGUUCAGCCUGGACAUUGAGAUCCAGCGCCGAGGGCCUUCUGGCGGUUCCCUCAUUGCGAGAAGUGAGGUUACAGGGAACCAGACAGAAGGCCUUCACGGUAGUGGCGCCCGCCCUGUGGAACGCCCUCCCUUCAGAUGUGAAGGAAAUAAGCAGCUAUCUUCUCUUUAAAAGACACCUGAAGGCAGCCCUGUUUAGGGAAGUUUUAAAUAUUUAAUACUGUAUUGUUUUUAACACUUGAUUGGAAGCUGCCCAGAGUGACUGGGGAAACUCAGCCAGAUGGGCAUGGUAUAAAUAAAUUAUUAUUAUUAUUAAAUAGGAUUCUUGAGUUCUACAGGAGUCCUUCUUCAUCCCUCCAGAGAGCCAGGCAUAAGGUGUCCAGCAUGUAGAAUUAGUACUCCAGACUGAAACCUACAAACCACCAAGCAUUUGAGCAGAUUCUCAUGCAGAUCAAGCCUAGUUAAACAAGUUCCAAUAAGUGCUGGAAGUGUAAAGAGAAAGAAGGUACAUUUUAUCAUAUGUGGUGGAAUUGUAAAGUAACUGUUACCCUAUGAAAAAAAAUCACUGUACCUUUCACUGGGGCUCAUGAUAUCCUGUCUGAACUAGCACAGAUAAGGCAGGAGAUCAGCAGCACCAUAAUCUGUGAGUGUGUGCCGUACACUGAUUCAGUGCGCUGAUGAUCUACAAAAAGCUAUUUGUUUAGAUGGGCCCUUUCUUCUUCCCCUCUCACUUCAGAGAUGGUUGAUACCAUGAGUGCUACAUGCUAAAAUAAGGUUACCAGACGUCCCCGUUUCCCGGGGACAGUCCCCAGAUUUACAAAUCAGUCCCCUGACAAAAUCCAUCAAUUUAGUAAAGGUAAAGGGACCCCUGACCGUUAGGUCUAGUCGCGGACGACUCUGGGGUUGCGGCACUCAUCUUGCUUUAUUGGCCGAGGGAGCCGGUGUACAGCUUCCAGGUCAUGUGGCCAGCAUGACUAAGCCACUUCUGGUGAACCAGAGCAGCGCACGGAAAUGCCGUUUACCUUCCCGCUGGAGCGGUACCUAUUUAUCUACUUGCACUGGCGUGCUUUCGAACUGCUAGGUUGGCAGGAGCAGGGACCGAGCAACGGGAGCUCACCCCGUCGUGGGGAUUUGAACCGCCGACCUUCUGAUCAGCAAGCCCUAGGCUCAGUGGUUUAGACCACAGCGCCACCCGCGUCCCAUCAAUUUAGUAGGAAGUUGAAAAGUGUCCCUGGAUUCAUUGAAAAAAAAUCUGGUAACCUUAAGCUAAGAACACUUUCCUAUAUUUGUGCAGAAGAGUUGCUGAGCUGAGAGGAGUAUUUCUUCCCUUCUCCAGGACUGAAGGAGCCAUGCUUCUAUCUCCACUGACAUUAAGGAAGAGGACACUCUGACAAUUAGCAUGCAACAAACACCCAGCAAAUGGCUCCCAAUGUUCCCCCUGAAAGGUACUUAUUAAGCCUCUUGAAGGAAGCUUUUCCUGCCUUCUCGUGUGAGGCUCGGGGACACGUGACUGAUGAUGGAUGAUGCUUCAGCAAAGCUGCUGGAAAUGGAGGGAGGCAUUAUUGACAGCUCUUCCUGCCGCAUCAAUAUGUCAACAUAAAGCAGGUCUCUGGUGGUAAAUCAACUGCUGUGGUGCACAGAACGACCGUGGGGAGGAACCAUGAUUGCUACAAGCCACCGAAACUGGUAAUAAAAAAGGUAAAGGACCCCUGACAGUUAAAUUCAGUCAUGAACGACUCUGGGGUUGUGGCGCUCAUCUCGCUUUACUGGCCGAGGGAGCCGACAUUUGUCCACAGACAGUUUUUCUGGGUCAUGUGGCCAGCAUGACUAAGCUGCCUCUGGCAAAACCAGAGCAGCACACGGAAAUGCCAUUUACCUUCCCACAGGAGUGGUACCUAUUUACCUACUUGCACUUUGAUGUGAAUUCAAACUGCUAGGUUGGCAGGAGCUGGGGCCGAGCAACGGGAGCUCACCCCGUCGCGGGGAUUCGAACCGCCAACCUUCCGAUCGGCAAGUCCUAGACUCAGUGGUUUAGACCACAGUGCCACCCGCAUCCCUGAAACUGGUAAUAACUCAGGGAUAAUCCACAGUUGUGCACAAUAAAACUUUCAUCGAGUCAGAAGGCUGUAUGACACAAUUCAGAGUGUUGGUGCUGACCUUUAAAGCCCUAAAUGGCCUCGGUCCUCUAUACCUGAAGGAGCAUUUCCACCCCCAUCGUUCAGCCCAGACACUGAGGUCCAGCGCCGAGGGCCUUCUGCCAGUUCCCUCGCUGCGAGAAGUGAGGUUACAGGGAACCAGGCAGAGGGCCUUCUUGGUAGUGGUGCCUGCCCUGUGGAACGCCCUCCCAGCAGAUGGCAAGGCAAUAAACAACUAUUUUACCUAUAAAAGACAACUGUUUAGGGAAGUUUUUAAUGUCUGAUGCUGUAUUUUUAAUAUUCGGUUGGAAGCUGCCCAGAGUGGCUGGGGAAACCCAGCCAGAUGGGCAGGAUAUAAAUAAAUUAUUAUUAUUAUUAUUAUUAUUAUUGCCAGUGCUUUUCAGGAUGACGCACAGAAAAGGACCCAGUUAAUGAGCAUUUAUGCCAGCAUGGAGUAUGGCUGCUGUUACAGGGGAGAUCAUAGAAUCAUAGUCGGAAGAGAUCCCAAGGACCAUAGACUCCAUCCUCCUGCAAUGCAGGAAAAUACCACUGUCCCAUAUGGGGAUCAAACCUGCGACCUUGGUAUCAUCAGCACCACGCUCUAACCAGCUGAGCUAUCCAAUGAUGUAGGGUGCAUUUCUGUCGAGCUGCAGAAAUGGAUAAGAUAUGAGUAGAUUCUUCCCAUCUGUUGUGUAGGGAGUCCACACAUUCACCAAAGGUAAUGGUAGCAGUAGUCACUUACAUCUGAUUUCAUGGAGAAAACGAUAGUCCCUAUGUUCUCUAGGAGGUACAGUGGUACCUCGGGUUAAGUACUUAAUUCGUUCCGGAGGUCUGUUCUUAACCUGAAACUGUUCUUAACCUGAAGCACCACUUUAGCUAAUGGGGCCUCCUGCUGCCGCUGUGCCACCAGAGCAUGAUUUCUGUUCUCAUCCUGAAGCAAAGUUCUUAACCUGAAGCACUAUUUCUGGGUUAGCGGAGUCUGUAACCUGAAGCAUAUGUAACCUGAGGUACCACUGUAUUGCCAGCUGAGCUCCAGCCGACCCUAUCGCUCCAGUUGUUUACGGAAGUCCCAAAGCAGCUUUUGCCAACCUGAUGCCCUCAUAAGGAUGUAAGAAGAGCAUGUUGGACCACUCCAGUGUCUCAUCUAGUCCAACAUCCUGUUCUCACAGCAGCCAACUCGAUGCCUGUGGGAAACUCUCAAGCAGAACCUGAGCACAAUAGUUACCCUGCCCUCCCAUGGUUUUCAGAAACCCCCUUCCGGGUGCUUUGAUUCCAACUCCCAUCACCUGUGAUCAUUCAUCAUGCUGGCUUGGGCUGAUGGACAUUGGAGCCUGGUAGCAUCUUGGGGGGUCACCAUGUUGGCAAAGGCCUUGUUGUUGUUGUUGUUGUUGUUGCUAUCUGCUUCUCCUGAUUUGGUUCUUCUGCUGAUGGGUUUGUUCAAAGUCAUGAAAUGUAUUUUUCGUAAUUUUUUUGUGCCGGAUGUUUGUUGUACAGUGGUACCUCAGGUUAAGUACUUAAUUCGUUCUGGAGGUCCGUUCUUAACCUGAAACUGUACUUAACCUGAAGCACCACUUUAGCUAAUGGGGCCUCCUGCUGCUGCCACGCUGCCGGAGCACGAUUUCUGUUCUCAUCCUGAAGCAAAGUUCUUAACCUGAGGUACUAUUUCUGGGUUAGUGGAGUCUGUAACCUGAAGCGUAUGUAACCUGAAGCGUAUGUAACCCGAGGUACCACUGUAUUUUUGACUUGCUGUCUUCCAUCUUUUUUAAAAAAAUAAAAAUUGACAGCUGGUGGAUAGCUCGGUCUGUAGAACAUGAAACUCUCAUUUUAUUUUAUUUUAUUUUAUUUUAUUUUAUUUUAUGCUUCAUUGAGAUUAAAAAGCAAACAAACAGUCAUCAAAAGAAUAAUACACCUUAUCAAAAAUUAAUUACAUAAUUUCUAUAGCAACUUCCGGUCACCCCAUCAUGGGUCCACAACAUAUUUGAUAUAACACACUUUUCAUUUUCAAUCAUAACAUAUCACAAUUGUCUUAUUUUCCUAAGAUUUUCUACUGUUCCACAGAAGAAGAAGAAGAAGAAGAAGAAGAAGAAGAAGAAGAAGAGGAGUUUGGAUUUGAUAUCCCGCCUUUCACUCCCUUUAAGGAGUCUCAAAGCGGCUAACAUUCUCCUUUCCCUUCCUCCCCCACAACAAACACUCUGUGAGGUGAGUGGGGCUGAGAGACUUCAGAGAAGUGUGACUGGCCCAAGGUCACCCAGCAGCUGCAUGUGGAGGAGUGGAGACGCGAACCUGGUUCACCAGAUUACGAGACUACUGCUCUUAACCACUACACCAUACUGUCAUUCUGGGCCUGCCAACGACUUCAGAUUUUUACAGUGCUCCCUAAGAUAUAUUUUUUACAUGCCCCUUUCUUUAAUAAAUGUUUGUUCAGUGCGGUCUCUUAGUUUUCCCAUCAUCAUUGCUAGUUCUGCAUACUCUAGCAGUUUCGACUGUCAUUUCAGUUUAGUCAGAAUUGAAUCACCUUUCCAAUUUCUGUCUAUUGACAUUCUUGCUGCUACAGUAGCAUAUAAAAAUAUCUUCCUCACCUGUUUAGGAAUAUCCGAGCCCAUUAUGCCCAAAAGAAAGGCUUCAGGGUUGUUGUUUGCAAAGGAGAUCUUAAACAUCUUUUUGAGCUCAUUAUAAAUUACCUCCCAGAAUUCCUUUUUUUUUUUUUUUACAGUUCCACCCCAUGUGAAACAUUGUGCCUUCCACUCUCAUUUUCUUUUCUUUUUUUAUAUAUACAUUUUUAUUGGUUUUUUUACAUAUCAUUUUUAACAAUUCUUUAACAUAACUUCUUAUCUUAUACAAUAUUUUAGACUUCCGUCAACAACCUCUGAUGAUUUUCCGUUCUUUAUCACUUAUUCUGCAUUUCUUAAUUUCUCUAUUACUCUUAAUUAUCAUUAACUAAUAAUUCUCUUCAUAGUCUUUCUUGCAAUAUUUCAAAUAGUCCUCAUUCUUGCAGUCCUAUAAGCGUAAUCUGUUCAUUACAAUUGCUUUUCAAAUAGUUCCUAUAUUUACUCCAAUCUUCUAAGAAUCUCUGGUCCUACAGGUUUCAAAUCCUUCCUGUUAAUUUAUCUAAUUCUGCAUAUUCCAUUAAUUUCAUCCGCCAUUCUUCUUUCGUCGGUAAUUCUUCUUGCUUCCAUUUUUGUGCCAGUAAUAUUCUUGCCACCGUCACUGCAUAUAAAAACAACUUACAAUCCUGUCUAUUAAUAUCAUCUCCAACAAUGCCAAGUAAGAAUGCUUCUGGUUUCUUAAUAAAUGUGUAUUUCAACAUCUUUUUCAUCUCAUUAUAUAUCAUUUCCCAGAAACUUUUUACUUUUUUACAUUCCCACCACGUGCCUUCCACUCUCAUUUUCAGGGUCGUGGGUCUGAGCCCCACUGUGGCGUUUGCCUCCUAGGUGGGUUAUAAGGAACAGGUUAAAUGAGUGUGAAGUGAUUGGCCAGUGGGAACCCAAGGGGAGGAGUUAGAGUUAGCGUUGGAGUUGUUUGGAAGUCAGUUGGGAGUUGGAGAAGGAAGAGGUAGGAUAGGUCUGUGGGUUGGUCGAGUUGUGUGGUGAGAGAGUGAGAGGAACUGUUAGGUGGAGUCAGAUAGAUAGUUGGGAUACAGUGGUGCCUCGCAAGACGAAAAGAAUCCGUUCUGCAAGUCUCUUCGUCUUGCGGUUUUUUCGUCUUGCGAAGCAAGCCCAUUAACGGUUUAGCGGAUUAGCGCUAUUAGCGGCUUAGCGGGCUUAGCGGAUCAGCUGAUAAGCGGCUUAGUGGCUUAACGGAUCAGCUGUUAAGCGGCUUAGCGGAUCAGCUGAUAAGCGGCUUAGUGGCUUAACGGAUCAGCUGUUAAGCGGCUUAGCGGAUCAGCUGAUAAGCGGCUUAGUGGCUUAACAGAUCAGCUGUUAAGCGGCUUAGCAGAUCAGCUGAUAAGCGGCUUAGUGGCUUAACAGAUCAGCUGUUAAGCGGCUUAGCAGAUCAGCUGAUAAGCGGCUUAGUGGCUUAACGGAUCAGCUGUUAAGCGGCUUAGCGGAUCAGCUGAUAAGCGGCUUAGCGAUCAGCUGUUAAGCGGCUUAGCGGCUUAGCAGAUCAGCUGAUAAGGGCUUAGCGGCUUGGGGAAAAGGGGGGGGAGGGAAAAAACCCCGCAGGAACUCGCAAGACAUUUUCGUCUUGCGAAGCAAGCCCAUAGGAAAUUCGUUUUGCGAAGCACCUCCAAAACGGAAAACCCUUUCGUCUAGCGGGUUUUCCGUCUUGCGAGGCAUUCGUCUUGCGGGGCACCACUGUAAUCAGUUUGAAGUUGUUAGGAACGUAUAGGACAGUAAAGGAACUAAGAUUAAGAAACUGACAAGAAAAAUUAACUGAAACCUUAAACUUGUUCAUGCUUAUAAAAAUAAACUUGAUCAUUUGUUAAUGUUAACAACUGUCUGGACUCCGUGUGUACCCGAGAGAAACGGGUUGGUAGCAGCGAAGAGGCAAUCACAGUGGUGGCACAGGGAUCAGUAGACCGUCAAACGUCCAGGGACCCUGUGUGAUCGCCACACCCACAUUGGGCAAAAGAUUCCUGCAUUGCAGGGGUUGGACUAGAUGAUCUUCUCGGUCCCUUCCAACUCUACGAUUCUAUGAGCAUAAAAAAGUUUUGCAGCUGCAUUUUAUUCUAUUCUAUUUGUAAGCUGCCUUGAAAGGGUUUUUACCCUUAAAGGCAGCCUAAAAACACCUUUUUUAAACCAUCAAGCAAACACGUUUUCUGCAUAGCUACUCAUUUGUAUGCUUUAUCACAGGAAUUCCACACAGGAGGAGGGCUUCUAAUGGAUGAAGUGCUUUCCUGUUUGAUAGUGUACAUUUCGCUCUAGGGAUGGCGUCUUCCUCUUCUGUGGGUGGGGUUUUAAUGGGGCAGGAGGCAGAGCCAGUGUCAACAAACACACACGCAAGCUUAAAAUUACGCCACAGCUUGAGCCAGUGAAUUAUACACGCUUAAAAGUGCACAGUGAACGACCAGUCGCUGCCAAGAACACAGCAUUUUAGAUACUUACCCUGAAACCAACAAGCACCCAACACUUUCCCCCUCUCCUGAUUGAUUUAAUUAAGCUGAGACUUGUUGCUGCUUGCCAGCACGUAAUGCGUACAGUGGUACCUCAGGUUAAAAACUUAAUUCGUUCUGGAGGUCCGUUCUUAACCUGAAACUGUUCUUAACCUGAAGUACCACUUUAGCUAAUGGGGCCUCCUGCUGUCGCCGCCGCACAAUUUCUGUUCUCAUCCUGAAGCAAAGUUCUUAACCUGAAGCACUAUUUCUGGGUUAGCGGAGUCUGUAACCUGAAGCGUCUGUAACCGGAGGUACCACCGUAUUUUAUAUGUCGCUGUUUCUGGGCAGGGAGCAUACAGCAAAGUUGUCAUCAGACAUCCAUAGGCCUGGAGAGAGGUUUCUAGUUACACCAAUUUAUUGCAGCGUGACUCUUUGCAGAUCCAGUUUCUUGAAAGAGAUAACCAGAUUCAGCUCUUUCUGCCAAGGAGCCGAAAUGUCAGUGUGACAAGCUGAUCCCUUACCCCACCAUAACUUAAUACAUCCUGUGCAUGCUUGGGAGGAUGUUUUUGAUGAACUAGCAACUUAAUUUAGCAAGGAAUUUCCAGCAUGUGGCCAGUCUCCUCAUGCACCAGCUAUCAGGAUUCACCUUGAAUUGGACUGUGUGGGGAGCAGGAGGAGAGUUGGCUGGCCAUUCCAUCAUUAUGACUCAACUUGUGUCUCAGAAUUGGCGGCGAGCGCAGGAAAAAUUCCAGGAAAGCAAAAGCUGUCAAACAGACAAGAUGGCACCAGUAGAUUUCAAAAUACAUGGCUGCUUUCUAAAGGAGGCUCUUCCAAAACAGACACGGCAUAUUACUUAUGGCUGGAAUGGGAAGGCGGGGGUAGAGAAAACCUGUCGUACAGUAUUGAUUUACGGCAGAGAAGGAACUGAAAGGAAUAAGGUCUAAAGGCAGGAAGGAUUGCAUGCCAAUGACACAGAAUCAGAGAAUUGUAGCGAUCCAAGGGACCCAAAGGGUCCGAUCCCAAGCAUUAUCUCUCCCCUGCCACUUGUCUAUCAUCAGAUGCCUGUGGCCUAAACCGCUGAGCCACUUGGGCUUGCCGAUCAGAAGGCCGGAGGUUCGAAUCCCCGCAACGGAGUGAGCUCCCGUUGCUCGGUCCCAGCUCCUGCCAACCUAGCAGUUCAAAAGCACACCAGUGCAAGUAGAUAAAUAGGUCCCGCUGCAGCGGGAAGGUAAACGGCAUUUCCGUGCGCUCUGGUUUCCAUUGCACCAGAAGCAGUUUAGUCAUGCUGGCCACAUGACCCGGAAAGCUGUCUGCGGACAAACACCAGAUCCCUUGGCCUGAAGGCAAGAUGAGCGUUGCAACCCCAUAGCCGCCUUUGACUAGACAUAACUGUCCAGGGAUCCUUUUUUUAAAAAAAAGGUAAUGACCCCUGACGGUUAAGUCCAGUCGCAGACGACUCUGGGGUUGCGGCGCUCAUCUUGCUUUAUAGGCCAAGGGAGCCAGGGUUUGUCCACAGACAGUUUGUCCGGGUCAUGUGGCCAGCAUGACUAAGCCACUUCUGGCGCAACAGAACACCAAAACCAGAGCAGCGCACGGAAAUGCCGUUUACCUUUCCGCUUACCUUUUAAAAGCAACAAUAAGCAGUCCAAGCGAUGACAAGCAUUCACCAAAUCUGGGCAUUUUUUCAAAGGUUGUGUACUGGAAUUCUCCUGUUGUAACUUGAUUUAGAUCAUACCCUCCAACAUUUCUCUGAUGAAAACGGAAACAUCCUAUUCCAUUGUUCUUGUUGUUUUAUAUACCACCCACCUUACUGGGUUGCUCCAGCCACUCUGGGCAGCUUCCAACAUAUAAAAAAAUCAUAAUAAAACAUUUAAAAAUUUCCCUAUACAAGGCUGCCUUCAGAUGUCUUCUAAAGGUUGUAUAGUUACUUAUCUCUUCAGCUCAGGGGUCGCAUAAUUCCACACCCUCCAACAUUUCUCCGGUGAAAAUAGGGACAUCCUAAGGAAAAGCGGGACAUUCCGGAAUCAAAUCAGAAAUCGGGACGGCUUCUGUAAAUCUAGGACCGUCCCUGGAAAAUAGGGACACUUCAAGGGUUUGUUAUAUAAGCUGCCCUAGGAAUAUAUAUUUGUACAUUGAAGGCAGCUAUGCAUUAAACACAUGGAGAGAUACACACACUUAUAUGAAAGUGAAUACGAGGAAUCCCAGUUGCUUUCCCCUUAAUAACAUAAAACAUCCACGUCAAUCUUAGGCGUCAAUUGAACUGUCAUAAAUGGCAUUACAGUGGUACCUCUGGUUAUGAACUUAAUUUUUUUCUGGAGGUCUGUUCUUAAUCUGAAACUGUUCUUAACCUGAGGUACAACUUUAGCUUAUGGGGCCUCCCGCUGCCACCGCACCACCAGCGCACGAUUUCUGUUCUCAUCCUGAGGUAAAGUUCUUAACCCGAGUUAGUAUUUCUGGGUUAGCGGAGUCUGUAACCCGAAGUGUUUGUAACCCGAGGUGUUUGUAACCCGAGGUACCACUGUAUUGGCCUAUCCUUGCAGCGCCAUCUCUUACAAUUCCUCCCUCACGCCCAACAAACACAAAAUGGAUUCUAGUCUAUGAAAACAUCUGUCCAAUCCAAUUUCUCAGUCUUUUUAAGGUGCUGCAAGACUCUUGCGCUGUGUCUCUUAAUGCUGCUCAAAGCAGGCAUAUCAUUGCCCUGAGGCAGUCAUAUGCUAGAGCGAUUAGCAUCAUAAAUACCUAGAGAUGUAGAGUCUUAGGAAUUCCUAUCUGUUUGUGACUCUAUAAAAUGCCCAUCGAGGGUGUGGAUGGACGGACAGGAAUGGCCUAGUUAUCUCUUCCUGCAUAUGACCUUCCAGUGGAAGCACUUGCGUUCCAACCCUAGCUCUUCCAUGGCCUCCAGCAAGUUGCACUCACUCCCCUUCUUGGGGGUGGGGUGUGUGUGUCUGUUUCAGCUUUGCCUUUUUGUGGUGGAAAGUCCAGCUCUAAGGAUUGAGUUCAUCCAUUUGCUUCGACCUUUUCUUCGCUCACACAAGAUGGUUAUCUUCUGCUCAAGAAAUGGAAUGUGGGAGCCAGAGCAGAACAUGGACGGUACAGUGGUACCUCGGGUUACAGACGCUUCAGGUUACAGACGCUUCAGGUUGCAGACUCCGCUAACCCAGAAAUAGUAUCCCGGAUUAGGAGCUUUGCUUCAGGAUGAGAACAGAAAUCAGGCUCAGGCGGAGCGGCAGCAGCAGGAGGCCUCAUUAGCUAAAGUGGUACCUCAGGUUAAGAACAGUUUCAGGUUAAGAACGGACCUCCAGAACGAAUUAAGUUCUUAACCCGAGGUACCACUGUAUUUCAUUUUGCUGCAGCACUGUGUGCCCAUCACUUCCUCAAGGAACCAUGCUAUAGGUUCUGGUUUCCUUUGGAGGAGACCCACGGUGGGAUGCUACUGCUGCUGCUGUUGUUGUUGUUGAGUUUUUGCAAUAUUUGCUUUAUUCAGGUAAGCGGUUGUACGAGAGAACAGACCCAACAUUAGGUACCCAGAGAGAAGCAGCUGCAUCUAAUCAACCUGAAUGUUGGAAGAUUUAGACAAAAAGACGGCCUCGGCCCAAUAUACCUGAAGGAGCAUCUCCACCCCCAUCGUUCUGCCCGGACACUGAGGUCCAGUGCCAAGGGCCUUCUGGCAGUUCCCUCACUGCAAGAAGCAAAGCUAAAGGGAACCAGGCAGAAGGACUUCUCAGUAGUGGUGCCCGCCCUGUUUAGGGAAGUUUUUAAUGUGUGACUUUUUAAUGUAUUUUUAAUCUUUGUUGGAAGCCACCCAGAGUGGCUGGGGAAACCCAGACAGAUGGGCGGGAUACAAAUAAUAAAUUGUUGGAUUAUGGAACUCACUGCCACAAGAGGUGCUGAUUGCCACCCAACUGGAUGGUUUUAAAAGAAGACUGGGCAAAUUUGUGGACAAUAAAGGUCUCAAUCACUCCUAGCCAUGGCGUCUAUGUUUUGUCUCCACUGUUGGAGGUCGUAUGCUUCUGAAUUACAGUUGCCAGAAGCCAUAGGAGGAAAGAGGGCUGAUGUGCUCAAGUCCUACUUUCAGGCUUCCCAUAAGUUAGCUACUGUGAGAGCAGGAUGCUGGGUUCAUCACAAUGACAAUGCGGUUACACGAUUUAGAUAAUUAAUUACGUAAAGUACAUAAGUUGCAUGAAUUCACCACAGUGGGCAGGGAGACCAAUAAUGCAGAAGAUGAACUGCAACGGAAUGGAAACAGCACUGCACAGAAACUAAUGCAGGGCAGAGUAGGAAAUGAUGUCUUAUUGUCUCCCUAAAGAUAAAAGACCCCUGACCAUUAGGUCCAGCUGUGACCGACUCUGGGGUUGCGGUGCUCAUCUCGCUUUAUUGGCGAAGGGAGCCAGCGUACAGCUUCCAGGUCAUGUGGCCAGCAUGACUAAGCUGCUUCUGGCGAACCAGAGCAGCACACGGAAACACCGUUUACCUUUCCGCCGGAGUGGUACCUAUUUAUCUACUUGCACUUUGAUGUGCUUUCAAACUGCUAGGUUGGCAGGAGCAGGGACUGAGCAACGGGAGCUCACCCCGUUGCGGGGAUUCGAACCGCCGACCUUCUGAUCGGCAAGUCCUAGGCUCUGUGGUUUAACCCACAGGGCCACCCGCGUCCCUAGGCUCUACCAAAUUUCAUAGUGUCCCUCUUUGCCAGGCCCCACCAAAUUCUAUCUUGUUUCUGCUCCAGAGUGAACACGUACCCUCCCAAGAGGUGACCUUCUCUACCUGCCUGGUCACACCCACUGACUAUCAGAAGAGUGGGGGGAUACUUUAAAAACUUGCAGCCCUCUUUGCUCUGGAUGUAACAAGAAUGGAUCUACUUUCAGCUAUCAAGUGCCGGAAGUCACACGAUUCUAGUUUGAAAACGCUGCACAAAAAUAGACUGCUCCCGAUCCCACCGAAGCCAAUGGCAAAACAUAUAUACUUUUCAUUCAAUAUCUGAGCCUUCGUUUUUUGGUUUGUUUUUUCAAAACCACAGAAUGUGGAUUGGCAACAUUAUAAGACUUGGGAGGGUUAUUAUAGAUGCUCUUUUAUUAAUGUGAAUGCGGUCAGAUUGUUUCUUUGGAGGUGCAGACGGAGGGAGAUUUAUUAAAAGCAGCCUCUGGGCAACUACCAGAGAUUAAGAAAAAUGUAGCUAACUACCUGUUAUGUCAAGUUUCAUUUUCCAGAUCAAAAUUCACUGUGUCAGCGGGUUUCCUUUGUUGUUAAUUGAAAAGAAAGAGGAAAAAACCAACCACACAAACACGCACAGAGAGAACUUUGUAUGCACUGGAGAACUUCACAAGACUAGCUCACAAGAUUUAUAUUUUCUAAAUGGCUGUUAUUUUCUACUUAAAACAGAGCUUCAGAUAAAAGGCAGAGGCACUUAGAUAAUGGUGAGCCAAGGCGUUUGAUGAUGUUGUUCCCAUGAUUUCUGUACACCAAUCCAGACACACUGGAUGGCUCAUGCAAAACGGAUGAAAGCGACAACCAUGUAAUACAAAUUAUUAUGGGCACAAUCUAGCCAAAGGUACGCUCAUUUAACUUUUAAAAGCUCCAAUAUACAGGCUUCUGUUGUAGCACAGACAGCAUAACUAAACAUCCAAUGUCUAUCCAGAGAUGGCUGAGGGCAGAUUUUCUGCAUUGCAGGGGGUUGGACUAAAUGACCCUUGGGAUCCCUUCCAACUCUUGAUUCUAUGAUUCUACCAUCUUUACACCUGCGCAGGUGUUGAUUGCCACACUCUUUGCUUUCUGAAAGGACUGCAGAAGGACCGUCUCUGGUUCACAUGCUUAUGGGACGGCUGUGCUUUGACCCUUUAAAUAACUCAUUGCCAAACCCACCAAUUGAACAAUUUGGAUCUGAAAUCCUCCAGCAAACGAAUCUUUCUGAAGAACUGCGUAAGUCCUGCUAGGCAUCUUCCUUUGUGAUCUUGUUGUCGCCGCUGCUGCCCUUUCAGAUUGCACCGCUGCCCACAGGAGUUCCACGUCAACCUGACUGUAAACCCUGGGAUUGUGAAGAAGGAGAAGGAGAAGGAGAAGGAGAAGGAGAAGGAGGAGGAGGAGGAGGAGGAGGAGGAGGAGGAGAAGAAGAAGAAGAAGAAGAAGAAGAAGAAGAAGAAGAAGAAGAAGAAGAAGAAGAAGAAUUUAUUAUUUAUACCCCGCCCAUCUGGCUGGGUUUCCCCAGCCACUCUAGGCGGCUUUCAACAGAAUAUUAAAAUACAAUAGUCUAUUAAACAUUAAAAGCUUUCCUAAGCAGGGCUGCAUUCAGAUGUCUUCUAAAAGUCUGGUAGUUGUUUUUCUCUUGGACAUCUGGUGGGAGGGCAUUCCACAGGGCGGGUGCCACUACUGAGAAGGCCCUCUGCCUGGUUCUGAGGGAACUGCCAGAAGGCCCUCGGCGCUGGACCUCAGUGUCCGGGCAGAAUGAUGGGGGUGGAGACGCUCCAUCAGGUAUACUGGACACGGGCCGUUUAGGGCUUUAAAAGUCAGCACCAACACUUGAAUUGCACUCGGAAACAUACUGGGAGCCAAUGUAGGUCUUUCAGGACCGGUGUUAUAUGGUCUCAGUGGCCGCUCCCAGACACUAGUCUAGCUGCCGCAUUCUGGAUUAGUUGUAGUUUCCGGGUCACUUUCAAAGGUAGCCCCACAUAGAGCGCAUUGCAGUUGUCCAAGCGAGAGAUAACUAGAGCAUGCACCACUCUGGCGAGACAGUCCGCGGGCAGGCAGGGUCUCAGCCUGCAUACCAGAUGGAGCUGGUAGACAGCUGCCCUGGACACAGAAUUAACCUGCGCCUCCAUGCACAGCUGUGAGUCCAAAAUGACUCCCAGGCUGUGCACCUGGUCCUUCAGGGACACAGUUACCCCAUUCAGGACCAGGGAGUCCUCCACACCUGCCUACCUCCUGUCCGCCAAAAACAGUACUUCUGUCUUGUCAGGAUUCAGCGUCAAUCUGUUAACCGCCAUCCAUCCUCCAACCGCCUCCAGACACUGACACAGGACCUUCACCGCCUUCACCGGUUCUGAUUUAUCAUCCGCAUACUGAUGAACACCCAGCCCAAACCCCCUGAUUAUCUCUCCCAGCGGCUGCAUGUAGAUGUUGAAAAGCAUGGGGGAGAGGACAGAGCCCUGAGGCACCCCACAAGUGAGAUCCCAGGGGUCUGAACACUCAUCCCCCCCUCCCACUUUCUGAACAGAGCCCAGGAGGAAGGAGCGGAACCACUGUAUAACAGUGCCCCCAGCUCCUAGCCCCUCUAGACAGUCCAGAAGGAUGUUAUGGUCGAUGGUGUCAAAAGCCACUGAGAGAUCCAGCAGAACUAGGAAACAGCUCUCACCUUUGUCCCUAGCCCGCUGGAGAUCAUCAACCAGUGCGACCAAGGCAGUUUCAGUCCUAUGAUGAGGCCUGAAUCCUGACUGGAAGGGAUCCAAAUGGACAUAAUCCAGCAGGACAUAAUCCAGUUUUACAAUUUACAUUUAUAUUCAAAUAAUAGCCAUAAUCAUACACAUAUGAUCCCCUGAAUCCUUGCAUUUCCCUCCACCCCUCAAUGGGUUCCAUUGCCAAUCUGUUUUCAAUUGCAUCUUACAAUAUUUUCCAUCUUUUCUUAAAAUUCCCUUUUUAACCAUUGUACUUGUUACAUUACAAGUGUUAUUACAAUCCUGCCAAAGUUUUUAGUUGUUUACAGUGUUCUCCGAGGUCACUUAUAAAUUUCCCCUAUUCCUCAUUAAAAUUUCUAUGUUCCUGGUUUCUAAUCUUACUGGUCAUUUUCGCCAUUUCAGCAUAGUCCAUCAUCUUUAUCAGCCACUCUGGUUGGGACUUUAUCUUCUUUCCAUCUCUGGGCCAGAAGUAUCCACACUGCCGUCGUCGCAUACAUAAAUAAUCUCUUCUUUUCCUUAGCCUAUUGGAAGGUAUGGAAUAGGACAUCCCUAUUUUCAUCGGAGAAAUAUUAGAGGGUAUGGAGAGGGUAUGCAACCGCCAAGCCAAGGAGAUAAGUAACUAUACAACCUUUAGAAGACAUCUGAAGGCAGCCCUGUAUAGGGAAUUUUUCUUUUAAUGUUUACUGUUUUAUUAUGUUUUUAUAUAUGUUGGACGCCAUCCGGAGUGGAUGCCGGUGGUGCUGUGGGUUAAACCACAGAGCCUAGGACUUGCCGAACAGAAGGUCAGCGGUUCGAAUCCCCGCAACAGAGUGAGCUCCCGUUGCUCAAUCCCUGCUCCUGCCAACCUAGCAGUUCAUAGCACACCAGUGCAAGUAGAUAAAUAGGUACCGCUCCAGUGGGAAGGUGAACAGCGUUUCCGUGCACUGCUCUGGUUCGCCAGAAGCGGCUUAGUCAUGCUGGCCACAUGACCCGGAAGCUGUACGCCGGCUCCCUCGGCCAAUAAAGCGAGAUGAGUGCUGCAACCUCAGAGUCAGUCACGACUGGACCCAAUGGUCAGGGGUCCCUUUACCUUUACCUUUAUGUUUUUAUAUAUGUUGGAUGCCAUCCAGAGUGGCUGGAGGCAAACAUGCUUUCACAAGCAUGAGGUCUAGAAACCUGCGAUGCCUGCCAGUUAAUAAGUGGUGCAUAAACUAUGAAUGCUCAUGGUGAGCAAUACACUCUGCUAUAUGAUGACAUGAGGAGACUAAGCCUCCUUUCUAAGAAAUAACACAGCUUUCCUUCAGUUUCCCAGUCUGCCCGGUUGCCAGCCACCCAGUGUCAAGCAUUACCUCAGCUCGGUUCUUUUUUCCUUUCUCUUCCCUCUAUGUAAACUGAGAGAACUCUGAAGCAUGAGUUAUCCAGAUUCUGGAAAUACUUGGAAAAUACCAGUUUUUCAGAGUCUUGGCUCCAUGCCAUGUUUUUCUGGGAGGCUCUCCAGGUAGCAGAAAAUAGCAAAGCCUACAAAAACAGGGGGUGGGGGGAGGAGCAGAGGAAUUUUUGGGGGGAGGCAAUAUAAAAUUCAACCUUUCUUUUCUUUCUUUUUAAAAAUAUUUUUUUAUUUGAUUUUACAAGUAUAAAAUUUUAGCAAUACAACCGUACGCAUCCACAUUUGUAGAUUCAUCCAAAACUCUGGACUUUCGAAAUUCCCCUCCAUGGGUCCUAUUGUUAACCUUUUCAACUGCAUAUUAUUCAUCAGUCCAUACUUUAUAUCACUCCAUUUUAUCCAUAAUAUUUGUUACAUUACGAGUGCUAUUGCAAUCCUGCUAAUGUUUUCAUCUGGUCUCCAAGAUAAAUAAAAAAAAAUCCCCAUUCUUUGUUAAAGUUUUGGUCCUCUUGGUUCCUGCUUUCUGGUAAGUUUUGCCAUUUCGGCAUAAUCCAACAGUUUAGUUUGCCAUUCUUCUCUCUCUUGUCUUCUUUCCAUCUCUGGGCUAGCAACAUCCGUGCGGCUGUCGCCGCAUACAUAAAAAGUCUUUUCUGCUUAAAAUUCAAGCUUUCUUAGGCGAAAGCUUGGAUUUGCUUGAGGAAAUCAACAGAACCGGGCAUCCUCCUGCUGGAACGUAGCCAGUUCAAAAGUUCAGAGCCAGGGCCCCUCCUGAUUGGCCAGCAUCCUUUCGCAGAUGCAUUCCACGCCAUGUCACGGACGCAAUAAAAGUGCAUCAGUGGUGGGUUUAUGCUGGACCGUCCACACUUCAUUCCACCCGAUCAUUUGUUCUGUGAUGCUCCCCCAAUGUUACAGCAUUGGUUGCUGCAGCAAGGGUACCACAUUUUAACUGUUGCAGUGCAGACCCAGGUCAUCAAGUCUGAGCUUCCGCGGCUGCCAUCACCUGCCAUUUUUAAAAAAGGAAAGGUAAAGGACCCCUGUACAGUUAAGUCCAGUCAAAGGCGACUACGGGGUUGUGGCGCUCAUCUCGCUUUCAGGCCGAGGGAGCCGGCGUUUGCCCACAGACAGCUUUCUGGGUCAUGUGGCCAGCAUGACUAAACUGCUUCUGGACACCAUGACGGAAACCAGAGCACACAGAAACGCCAUUUACCUUCCUGCCACAAUAGUACCUGUUUAUCUACUUGCAAUUUGUACUUGUAAAAACAAAUGUAAAAAUAUUACACACACAAACAAAAAUGGUUUCUUGCCCUAAUCUGAUUAGCCAUCAGAAGCCUUGGAAAUCCCAUGUACCUCUUCCCUCUAGAGGAGGGGCUGGGCAAAUUCACACACCUUGAGAUGCACCUCCAAAAGGACAUCUUGCAGUUUCUGAAGGAAUUACUAAACUGCUUCUUUUCUUCUCAAUUGGCCAAGGUUUUGUUCUCUUGCACAUGGCGCAGAGUGUUCUUGUACAAAAGAGAACAAUCUACACCGUGUGCAAGAGAACAUCACUGCUAAACCACAAGAGCCACGUAGCGUCGGGUAAGGCACAGUCACCACUUCUGUGCUUCUGAGUUUAAGGGAAAUGGCAUUUGGUGAAACUCUGUGGAUGCUGAUACUAUACGUGACCAUUUCUAUUCAUUCCUUGCUGUUUGCAUGGGGAGUUUAUUAUCGUCUUACCAGGACCCACCUGCCUCGAGGAAUAAGCUGUCGUGCAAUAUUACUCCUUGCCGAUUUCUUAGUGGGAUAUGUACUUGUACUGGUAAGUUUCUUUAUAUAUAUGUCACGGGAUUGAAGUCACACCCUCUACAAUUAAUAAUAAUAAUAAUAAUAAUAAUAAUAAUAAUUUUAUUAUUUUUAUGCCGUCCAUCUGGCUGGGUUUUCUCUGAGCAGCUUCCAGCAAAAUAUAAAACCAUAAUAAAACAAUCAAACAUUAAAAACUUCCCGUACAGGGCUGCCUUCAGAUGUCUUCUGAAAUCUGUGUACAGUGGUACCUCAGGUUAAGUACUUAAUUCGUUCCGGAGGUCCGUUCUUAACCUGAAACUGUACUUAACCUGAAGUACCACUUUAGCUAAUGGGGCCUUCCACUGCUGCCGCGCCACUGGAGCACGAUUUCUGUUCUCAUCCUGAAGCAAAGUUCUUAACCUGAAGCACUAUUUCUGGGUUAGCGGAGUCUGUAACCUGAAGCGUAUGUAACCUGAAGCGUAUGUAACCUGAGGUACCACUGUAGUUCCUUAUCUCCUUGAUAUCUGAUGAGAGGGCGUUCCACAUCUGAAAUAUUUUAGUUUACAGAAAUGGCGAGUAACAGGCGACAUGAUAGAAGUUUAUAAAAUUAUGCAUAACAUAGAGAAAAGUCUUCCUCCCUCAAUUAUGACAAGCAGACCUUGUGGACAUCAAGUGAAGUUGCACGUUGGAAGAUUCAGGAAGGAUAAAAGCAAGUACCGUAUUUUUCCAUGUAUAAGACGGUGCUUUUUGCUAAAAAAAAAAUUAGGCAAAAAUUGGGUGUCGUCUUAUACACAAAUAGUGAAUGCAGAGGGGGGAGGUGCAACUAAUGGCAGCAGCAAGCAGGAGAUUGGCAGCGUCGAUUGGGCGGGUGAUUGGUGGCUGCAGCAAGGCCUGCUGGUGAUUGGCUCCGGCUGUGGCAAUUGGGCAGGCGAUUGGAGGCUGUGGCAAGGCAGGCAGGUGAUUGGCGGCUGCAGCAAGUGGGUGGGUGGGCUGUUGGUGGCGUUGAGCGGGCAGACAAUUGGCGGCUGCGGCAAGGUGUGCGAUUGGCAGUGGCUGUGGCAAACGAUCGGCAGUGGUGGGCAGGCAGGUGAGCGAAUGGUGGAAGUGACCUCCCCCAUCCCAAAAGCUAAGUAAUUUCUUAAUUUGGGGUUUAAAAUAUAAGGAUGGGGCGUCUUAUACACGGAAAAAUACGGUAUGUCUUCACACCAGACAUAUUCAAACUAUGGAAGUCACUCUCACCGGAGGCAGUGAUGGUUGCCAAGUUGAAUAGCUUCUGAAGGCGAUUAGGCAAAUUCACGGAGGAGAAAGCUAUGGAUGUCUGCUAGGCUCCAUGGCUCUGCUCUGCCUCCACAACUGGAGGCCACGAUGCUUCUGAAUACCAGUUGCUGGAAGGGGAGAGGACUCCUGUGCUCAGAUCCUGCAUGGCAGUUUCCCACAGGAACUGUGAGAACAGGCUGCUGGACUAGAUGGGCCACUGGCCAGGUCCAACAAGCUCUUUUUACAUUCUUAUGUACACACACACACACACACACACACACACACACAGAAAUAUCUUCAAGCCACCCCAAUCUCUGAGUGGUGAAUGAAAGGAUAUAGUAGGUUUCCGAGCACAAUUCAAAGUGUUGGUGCUGACCUUUAAAGCCCUAAAUGGCCUCAGUCCAGUAUACCUGAAGGAGCUGAAUUCAGCUUGGACACUGAGGUCCAGCUCCGGGGGCCUUCUGGCGGUUCCCUCACUGCGAGAAGCCAAGUUACAGGGAACCAGACAGAGGGCCUUCUUGGUAGUGGCGCCAAGAACACCCUCCCACCAGAUGUCAAAGAGAACAACAACUACCAGACUUUUAGAAGACAUCUGAAGGCAGCCCUGUUUAGGGAAGCUUUUAAUGUUUAAUAGGUUAUUGCAUUUUAGUGUUCUGUUGGAAGCCACCCAGAAUGGCUGGGGGAACCCAGCCAGAUGGGCAGGGUAUAAAUAAUAAAUUGUUGUUGUUGUUGUUGUUGUCGUCGUCAUUCAGUGCAGACCCUCCAAGAGUCCCAAUGUUCCAGGGAUAGUCCCAGAUUCACAGAAGCCGUCCCGCUUUCUGAUUUGAUCCCGGAAUGUCCCACUUUUCCUUAGGACGUCCCUAUUUUCAUUGGGAAAAUGUUGGAGGGUAUGAAGUUAACCAAUCCCCAAGCCAUCUGAUGGCAGCCCUGUAUUGGGAAGAUUUUUUAAAAAAUGUUUAAUGUUUUCUUAUGUUUUUAUAUAUGUUGGAAGUCAUCCAGAGUGGCUGGGGCAACCCAGUCAGAUGAGUGGGGUAUAAAUAAUAAAGUUGUUGUUGUUGUUAAAUAGGACAUCCCUAUUUUCAUCGGAAAAAUGUUGGAAGGUAUGACAGUUUCCUCACAUGUGAGGGGUUUGUUCCACAGGCUGCGUAUAUAUGCAAAUAUGGGAGUGGCCGCCAAGACCAUAUAGCAUUGGUCCUGAAAGACCUACAUUGGCUCCCAGUACAUUUCCGAGCACAAUUCAAAGCCCUAAACAGCCUUGGCCAUGUAUAGCUGAAGGAGCGUCUCCACCCCCAUUGUUCAGCUAGGACACUGAGGUGCAGCUCCGAAGGUCUUCUGGCGGUUUCCUCACUAUGAUAAGUGAAGCUACAGGGAACCAGGCAGAGGGCCUUCUCAGUAGUGGUGCCCACCCUGUGGAACGCCUUCCCAUCAGAUGUCACGGAUAUAAAUAAAUAUCUGACUUUUACAAGACAUCUGAAGGCAUCUUAGGGAAGUUUUUAAUGUUUGAUGUUUUAUUGUGUUUUUUAUAUUCUAUUGGGAGCCACUCAGAGUGGCUGGGGAAACCCAGCCAGAUGGGCAGGGUAUAAAUAAUUUUUUUUAAUUAGUAGUAGUAGUAGUAGUAGUAGUAUUGCAAAACUUUCAAAGGCUGAGGGCUGAUAAUAAAUUCUGAAUAUUUUGGUUUAAACAGGGAGUGCUUCUGGAAAAACUGGGCAUUUGCCAUAGGUAUAUCAUCUGGAGGGCUGUGUACAAAGCAAUGCCACCAAUAAAGGACUCAAAGUUGAUCAUAAAGGACCUGGUUUUCGAUGAGGUGCCCGUGAGGGUAUACUGGCCCAAGACAUCACAUGCUGGGAACAGGAGAGGAGUCAUCUAUCUUCAUGGAGGUGCUGGACUCUUUGGAAGCAUCCGUAAGUUCUUUGAAAUAGUUUCAAAAUGGUUCACGAUAUCAUCUGAGUAGAAUUUGGGGUGGUACUUUCAUGUAAAGUUCCUGGGAGUGGUUUGUACUGCUCCUGUAGGCAGUUUAAGUUUAGUGUCAGGGUCAAGGAAAAAAAUCCUUAAAAUAUCAAAGGUUUUUUUCUGAUUCGUGCCUCAAAGGACUUCUAUGAAAGGGCUUCCAGAGGUGAUUGGAAAUAACUGGAAAGAAGCCCAGAAAUGUGGGUGGAAGUUUGGUUCUGUUCUGAUUUUUACCCAUUGACACUGCUCUGUUACUGAUCAGUAAAAUCCACAUAAUGGUUUUCAGCUGGUGGUGCCCCAUUGACAAAGAGUUCAGUCCAACUCAGCUUUUCUCAGAUGAGAUUCAUGGAAAGUCGCUGUUUUCUACAAUCAGGUGUCAUAUACACCUCAUGACAUAAAAAUAAAUAAAUAGGCAGAUCGAAAUUAGUCCUAUCUUUUUAUUUUCGACAGAUUUACUUUCAGUAGGACUAGCAUUGCACCCAACUCACAAUGAUUUCAAUGUGAAUGACCAGGAAAAAAAUGGUAACGGGGGGGGGGGGGCUUGUGCUUUCUUCCAGGAGCCUCUGAAAGGGUUUGUCAUUCCAUUGCCCACCUAAGUGAUUCAGUAGUUGUGAGUGUCGGGUAAGUGGCUUCACUCUCAUUAUAUCAGAAGGAAUGUGUAAUGCCCCCCAGCUUCUACCUUUCCGAAGACCUAAACCAAUAAUAAUAAUAAGAAUAAGAAUAAUAAUAAUAAAUUUUUUAUUUAUAUGCUCCCCAUCUGACUGGGUUGCCCCAGCCACUCAGGGCAGCUUCCAACAAAACACUAAAUUACAAUAACCUAUUAAACGUUAAAAGCUUCCCUAAACAGGGCUGCCUUUAGAUGUCUUCUAAAAGUUUGGUAGUUAUUUUUCUCUUUGACAUCUAGUGGGAGGGUGUUCCACAGGGCGGGUGCCACUACCGAGAAGGCCCUCUGCCUGGCUCCCUGUAACUUGGCUUCUCGCAGUGAGGGAACCGCCAAAAGGCCGUCGGCGCUGGACCUCAGUGUCUGGGCAGAACGAUGGAGGUGGAGACACUCCUUCAGGUAUAUUGGACCGAGGCCGUUUAGGGCAUCCAUGACAGAUGGCCAAAAUGGCCUGUAUGUGAUUGAAUGUGGGCAACCUUUUGCUUUCUUUUUAGAUUCCGUUUAGCUCCUGAGCAUCCGUAUCCAGUCCCAUUCCUGGACUGCUGUACUGCUGCAAUCCACUUUCUGAAGAAUGCAAAGGAAUACAGAGUGGACCCCAACUGCAUCGCCAUUGUUGGGGAGAGUAGCGGGGGGACAUUUGCUGCAGCCGUUUGUCAAGAGCUGGUGACCAGAGAGGACCUGCCAAGACUGCGAGGUCAGGUCCUGAUCUACCCAUUCCUACAAACCGGGGACUUUGAUUUGCCCUCCUAUCAGCAAAACCAAGCAGUCCCUCCCUUGUUCAGGAAACGAGCUGUCCAUUUUGGCUUGAGACAUCUCACCGGGAAGGAGAUCGAUGUGGACGGAGUUAUCAAAGGCGCCCAUGUCCCUUACGAUUUGAGGGAGAAAUACCGGAAAUGGGUCAACGUUGAUUACAUUCCAGAAGAAUUCAAGGCUAGGGGCUAUGUCCCUAAAGCACCUGCCCCGUUUUCAGAAGAACUUUACGAGCAAGUUAAAAGAGCUGGAGAGACCAUCUAUGCUCCACUUCUAGCGGAGGAUCACAUAAUCCGCCAACUCCCUGAGACUUUCAUUCUAACCUGCGAGUAUGAUGUCCUCCGGGACGACGGGCUGUUGUACAAGAAGCGGUUAGAGGACAACGGGGUGCCGGUGACAUACCACCAUCUUCCAGACGCAAGCCAUGCAACCAUGAGCUUUUACGCUAUGGGGCCGCUUGAAUUACCGAGCUCCAAGAUAUGCAUGCAGCAUGUAGUACAGUUCUUAAAAGGUUUAUAG